AUGCUGCAGCAGCUGGGCUUCGGGGCUUAUGAGGACAGCGGCGCCGUGUGCUACGUGCACGGGAGCCCCCAGCCCAGCGUCUACACCAGGAUCUGCCGAGAGGUCACCGGGCCCCUCCUUGUGCUCCGGGUCUGCUGUGUCCCUCCAGCCUACAGGACCCCCGACAAGCUGCGGCAGGCGGCCCUGCCCCUCCUGUCCAACGCCGACUGCAUGAAGUUCUGGGGCGGCAGGAUCACCGACGUGAUGGUUUGCGCGGGUGCCAGCGGCGUGUCCUCCUGCUCGGGCGACUCUGGGGGCCCCCUGGUCUGCCAGAAGGCUGGAGUCUGGACCCUGGUGGGCGUCGUGUCCUGGGGCAGCGGCGUCUGUUCCACCUCUGUUCCUGCUGUGUACGCCCGCGUCUCUGAGCUCAUCCCUUGGGUUCAGGAAAUACUUGCUGCCAGCUGA